AACCCUCCCUUCUUCUCACCACCCACACUACUACUACAUCCUCCAGCUUCUGUCCAUCUCGCAAUCUCACCAAUCCCCAAUCCCCAAUCCAGGAGCGGACUUGCGCGUCGCCGUCUGCUGCAGCAAUUGUUCCUAUCGCUCCCGAGCCGUGCAUCGCCCCGCAAACUCACUCGGCUGUGCAUGACGGACUCGCAUCACUCUGAUCACACCUCUACCACCUCUCCGGAGCGCUCUCUUCAUGAUGCCUUACGACGAGCGCAAUUAUUCAUACUACCCGCAAGACCACACAAACGACAAUCAUCAACAACAAGCCGCGCAAGAUCCGCCAAACGUCUCACCCAUCGACGAGCGCUCCCAUUUCCCUCCCUCCGCCAGCCUUCCUCCGCCUCCUCCUCCACCGCCAGCACAUCGUCACCCUAGUCUCAGUCCUGGAAACUCAUACAUGCAACAUCAGAAUGAAAGGCAGUACGGCAUCCCGGUGAACCAACGACGAGAGUCGCUCGUGACGCCAGGCAUGGACAAUGUCGGCGAGCGAGCCGUUGGGGGCGGUGUCACCGGCCUUGCAUAUGGUGUAGCCAGCAACGCAAACGAGCGGGACAAUGCGCCUCAGGCUCUGAGAGACAUUGACAAUUGGGGUCGUUCAGGUAACAGUGCCUCGGGUCGGCGGUACGACGCCUCUGAUCAGCCAUAUCCCUCCCGUGAUGUGCCUGCCUCUUUAUCCGGCACUCCGCAACUCCACUCGCAAGCCUCAAGAUACUCCUCAAACUCCUCUGGUGGUCCCUUUUCAGACGCUGCUUACGCAAUGUCUACAGGUUCCCCAGCUACCCGCUCCGAACGAAGCCUGCCAUGGGACCAGAAUCAGAACGCGUCGCAAGAUCGGUUUAAUGCCAGCCAUCCGUACGCGCAGAAUCCUUACAAUCGGUGGUCUGAUAGUCACUCGCAGCUGGCGGCCGGGGCUCACAUAGACCCAAACACGAUCGAGGAUGAUGGGGAGGACUUUCCACCCGAGACAAGUUCCAGGCAAAGACGAUCCAUGCUUCCGUUUGCUCACCGCAGCACUAGUCAAAAUGGUCUUGGUACAGCAGCGGCGGCUGGAGCAGUCGGAGGUGUGGCUGCUGGCGGUGCUGCGCUGAGCGCGUCUCAUGACGCUGGUGGACGUUAUGCUCCCGUAGGAGUGCUCGAUGGGGCUUAUCCGAAUGAAAAGUCAGAGUGGCUGGAGAAAGAGGCCCAUGGCCGCAAGCGCAUGAAGUGGCUGGUCGGCAUUGCCAUUGGAUUCAUCAUUAUCGGUGCUAUCGUCGGAGGAAUCCUCGGAGGCGUUGUCUUCAAGGGCAAGAGCGCGAAUACAUCCACCAGCAAUGGACAGUCGGCAGCUGAUGACGCAGCACAGAACGGCGAUCUUGACAAGAACUCCAAGGAGAUUCAGGCACUGAUGAACAAUUCCGAGCUGAAGAAGGUCUUUCCUGGUAUGGACUACACCCCCAUCAACAGUCAAUACCCAGAGUGCAUCAAGAAUCCGCCUUCCCAGAAUAAUGUCACUCGCGACGUCGCCGUUCUUUCGCAGCUCACAAAUGCCAUCCGUCUCUACGGCACUGACUGCAACCAAACUGAAAUGGUGCUGCAUGCCCUCGAUCGUCUCUCUCUGCCAGAUGUCAAGGUCUGGCUGGGCGUGCACCUUGACAGCAACAGCACCACCAACGAACGUCAAGUAAGCCAGAUGUGGUCCAUCCUAGACACCUACGGCGACGACCGGUUCAAGGGCAUCAUCGUCGGCAACGAAGUGCUCUACCGCAAAGACCUGACAAUCACACAAUUCGCCGCCAACCUGUCCGAGAUCCGCACCAACAUGACCAAGCACGGCAUCAACCUGCCCCUAGCAGCGGCCGACCUCGGCGACAACUGGACCGCCGAGCUCGCCGCAGACGUCGACAUUGUAAUGAGCAACAUCCACCCCUUCUUCGCCGGCGUCACCGCCGAGGCGGCCUCGGGCUGGACGUGGAGCUUCUGGAACGAAAAGGACCUCCCGCUCACCGCGGGCAACUCGAGCAAGAAGCAGAUUGUCAGCGAGGUUGGCUGGCCGAGCGCCGGCGGCAACAGCUGCGGCUCUGCCACGUGCACGAGCGAGACGCAGGGCAGCAUUGCGGGCAUUGACGAGAUGAAUACGUUUAUGGAGAAUUACGUGUGCCAGAGCCUGGCUAACGGGACUGAGUUUUUCUGGUUCGAAGCCUUUGACGAGCCCUGGAAGAUCCAGUUCAACGAGCCGGACAAGGGCAGGGAGUGGGAGGAUAAGUGGGGGCUUAUGGACGUGAAUCGGAAUCUGAAGAAGGGCGUUAGGAUUCCGGAUUGUGCGGGGCAGAGCAUUUAGGCUUUGCUUGGAUUGAGUUUUUUUUAAUUUUUCCUUUUCAAUGAGGUGGGUGUUUUCUUGGGCUCUUCUUUGUGAGAUGGCAUUCGAUUAAGAGCAAUGAUGCGAUGCAUGAUGCAUGAUGGAUGCAUG